AUGGAAGACUACAGGAAUCUGUUGGACCAGUUAGUCCUAGAAAGGAGGUUGAAGCAGCUACUGCACCAUUAUAGUGGCCAAGCGGGGCAGACAGGUUCGAAUCCUCGGAGAGAUUCUUCUUCAAGACCUCCUAUGGGAACAAUCAAUGUCAUCUUCGCUGCCCUCGGUAGGAUCGGUUCUUGUCCGUCUAGAGUGAUGUCUGUGGCUCGGCUAUCAACCGAAGAUAGCAAUUCAGAACCAAAAAGAGCCAGAAAAGAGGCCCCGCUGGUCCUAGGCUUCUCGGCUGACGAUAAGAUUGGAACUAUCCAACCCCAUGACGAUAUUUUGGUGGUCACACUCAAGAUAGAGGGGUACGAUGUGAAAAGAGUGUUGGUAGAUCAGGGAAGUGCUAUUGAGAUAAUGUACCCCGACCUGUACAAAGGGCUAAAUUUGAAACCCGAGGACUUAACAGCGUAUGAUUCCCCACUAGUAAGUUUCGAGGGGAAGACAGUUACUCCAAGAGGUCACAUUAGACUGCUCAUACAGACCGGUUCGGGUGUGGUGGAAGUGGACUUCAUUAAGGUGGAUGCUUAUUCACCUUAUACGACUAUUGUGGCCAGGCCUUGGCUUCAUGCCUUAGAAGCCGUUUCUUCUACCCUCCAUCAAAAGGUGAAGUAUCCAUCCAACGGCCAAGUUAAAGAAAUUGUAGGGAAUCAAUCCAUGGCUAGGCAGUGCAUGGUAGCUGCCAUUUUGCAUAGGCCCAAUGCGGAGCCCUUGGCCUCUACUGAAAGGAACUUAUAA